CCUGUGUAUAGUACAAUUCUCUUUUUCUAAAGUCCGUAUUUUCUGUCAUUGUUGAAUUCCAUGCACCAGUGAUUCUUACUGAAGAAAUUUUUAGUAUGAUUUGCAGUGCCUUGGGGUGAUAUCUGAUUGUAAAAUACUCUGAAGGUAUAAUUCCUCUUUGGAGUAGACAGUUAACUGGUCAUUCCAUCUGCAGGAUAAACAUUUUUAAAAGUAUUUGAGGAAUUGUGUUACAAUGGGUGCAUUCUUUUCGGACAUCCAUUGAAUAAAAAGUUGUUAGUGUGUAACAUAUAUAUAUGAUUUAGGAUAAAGAAAAGCCAUGUGCUAGUAUGUAGCUGUCAGCUAUUUGUAGAUUUAAUGGAGUAAUACACAUCAUUCUUAUGGCCUCAUAUUCUACAGAAGUGUGAUUUUUAUACCCAAUAUAUUAUCUACUGGAUUUAAUUGUCAUAAAAAAGAAAACAUGGAUUUAAAUACGAUCUACCUGGAGCAUGGAAGAACACCUUGUCGAUUAAUUUUCAAAAUAUUAAAUGAGUAAUGAAGAAGAGAAGAAAUAAGUAUGUCAGAUGAAGAAUGUCCAAACGUUACGGACAUCGACUUGGCGCCAACCAAAGAGUCAACUAGUUCACAGACCAGUCCAGAUGCAGAUACACUACAGAAGUCUAGGAGAACAUUGUUGGCUAGCCGCCCGCCAAGCUGUCACCUGACUAGAGUUGACGAAGAACCCACCACAACCACAAAGAGUCGUGAAACUGAGAUUGAGACAGUUGAUCGAGGUGUUGGACCAACACCACACCCACCAAAUGUAGAUACACGUGAUCCACGAGACCUUAGGGAUCCUAGGUUCCCUCCAUCAUAUUUCGGCUUUCCUCCUCUAAUUGAUCCUAGAAAUGGCUUGUUUGAAUCUCCUUAUUCAGGUUUCAACCUACCAUACCAAUUACCUUACCCAGUCAAUGCUCCUAUACCAUUGAAUUCUGGAACUCUGGAAGGGAGAUACAACUGGCCUCCACCAUCACCAUAUCAUCAUCCUAUACAUGGUCUAGCAACCAGCCCCUCACAUUCUGAUGUAUCCUUAUUUAGUAUGAGAAGUCAGUUAUCCCCUGGAGAGCCUGUGACAAACCUUGCAGCUCGAAUCCAUCUAGAACAGUUACAGCGUAGUUAUUAUCAGCCAGGUCAUUUGGGACAGAGAAGAUACAGUCCUGCUAGUUUACCGGAUUAUAACAGAUACAGACAAGCAUUAUUGGAUCAAGAAUACAGCAGACUUUCUCAAACAAUAGGACAUCAAGGCUAUCCCAGUGUCCCUGGCUCCUUAUAUGGAGAUUACCCACCUAGUCAUGCAUCACAAAGUGGGCGAAGUAUAUUCGGAGAUAUCCCACCUACUCCAGGAAGUGGCAGCAUCACUUUACCCGGUUCCGUUGAAAGUUCUCGACUGACAAGUCCUAGACCCAGUAUCAUUGGUAAAAGUAGUAGAAAACGAGCACUUUCUCAUUCCCCUAUCUCUGAUUACCUUGACAUCCAGAGCCUGACACGGAGCUCUGAAGGAUCUCUACAUCUCACACCCUAUAUGCACCAGAAUAAUUCCCGUAGCUCAAGCGCUAGUGGAUCUUAUGGCCACCUUUCAGCAGCAUCCCUGGGAACUGCCAGUCCAGCACAUCAGCAACAUCCACAUAACCCACACAACCCACAUAAUCCACACAAUCCACAUAACCAAUAUCUACGACAACCUGGUAGUAUACCAGGAUCGCCAUUCAUGUAUCCCAUGAUGCAUCCACCCAUGAUGGGCCACAACAGUAAAAUGCCACAAGCACCAAUGAUGCCACCUACCUCACAACCUAUGAUGCAUCAAAUGCCAACAAAACCAGAACUUUCGCCACAAAUCUCCACGACAACAAAAGAUGCAGGAAGUAGUGUAGUUAGUAGUACUGUUGACCAGACAAUAGAGAUUAAAAGGUCAAAGGUCAAAAAAGAAAAUGAUGGUUCUCGACUAGACGAUUUCGAUGAUGAUGAAAAAAUGGACAGGAAACCAGAUCACAUACCUCAGGAAGGGGAACCUGAUUUUAUAGAAACAAAUUGUCAUUGGGAAAAUUGUUCAUCAGAGUUUGAUUGUCAGGAUGAUCUUGUUAAGCAUAUCAACAUAGACCACAUUCAAGCCAACAAGAAAUCCUUUGUCUGUCGGUGGAAAGAAUGUAACCGUGAGGAGAAGCCAUUUAAAGCUCAGUACAUGUUAGUUGUUCAUAUGAGGAGACAUACUGGAGAAAAACCACAUAAAUGUACUUUUGAAGGGUGUUCUAAAGCAUACUCAAGGCUAGAAAAUCUAAAGACUCAUCUUCGGUCCCAUACUGGUGAAAAACCUUACAUGUGUGAAUUUCCUGGGUGUACUAAAGCAUUUAGUAAUGCAUCAGACAGAGCCAAACAUCAGAACAGGACUCAUUCUAAUGCUAAACCAUAUGUCUGUAAAGCAAUAGGUUGUACAAAACGUUACACAGACCCAAGUUCUUUGAGGAAACAUGUAAAGACUGUCCAUGGACCUGAUUUCUAUGCCAACAAGAAGCACAAAGGGGAUGGUACUUGUAAGAAAGAAAUGAAAGAAGAAGGUGAUCAGGACCAAGAAAAAGAAGAAGGCAAUAAUAAGAUGGAAGAAUGUCUGACUGUCACGCCACUUCAAGCUGCUGGAGAGAGACGUAGAUCUCAGGACAAUGUUGGAAGUGCUGUAUCCCAUCAACAGCCUUCGCCACAGAGUAGUCCAGAGGUCAAUGUCACAUGUAACAUGCAACCAGAUUUGAUAGAGGACCAUAUUAACACGCAGAAUAUUUCAACAGACCACGGAAUGGAAGAGGAAGAGGAAGUGGAUAUACCAGAACCAGAUGAGGCAGAAGUUCCAGGCAGUGGUUCCUCAUUAGUAACCAGAACAAAUAGAUUAAAUUCACAACUAACCAUGCAGACUAAAAACAGACUAUCUGGCAAAAGUCAAUUGCCUACCAUUACAAGCCAGGAAAACAUUAAUCAAAUGACUGACCUGACUGAUCUGAAAAGCUUACAGAAAAGACCACAGCACAAAAGUAUUACGGAUCUUAAAAAUCGAAAUGAUUUAUUACCAGUUAAUAAAUUACUACCUGUGAAUGGUAAUCGUCGGGACAGUAAUACAAGUACUAUCAGUUCUUAUUUGAGCAGCAUGAGAUCUGAUGCUAGUCCUUUUCCUCUCAGCAGCCAUUAUUCAAGUCGUCGAUCUAGUGAUGUCUCGCAGGUUUCUAACCGUCUCAGUAUAACAAACUCUCCAUAUGAGUAUGACAUUACAGGGAAUAUUCCUAUUCAUGGACCAGGUGUUCAGAUCAAUAGCCGACGAUCAAGUGAAACCAGUAACAUGAGUGAUAUUGCUGCUCAGCUUUCAAAAGCACAGCUUGGUAGUCAUCCUAAUCUUGUUGUUACAUCUCAAGCAAUGACUUUGAGAAGUCCCGCAAGUAAAUAUGCUCAAGAAAGAGUAGCACGAUUUUUGUCUGCAAGACAUGAUUUAGAUGGAGCAAGGACUAGUACACCUUGUCAAACACCACUACCUCAUGAGAUACCUGGCCGAGAAAUUAGGAGAGCUAGUGACCCUGUUAGAACAUUGGAUCCAAAUUUUAGUGCUUUGAAAAAAUUACAAAGAUUUCAUAGUUUGAACAUGAUGAAACCUCUGCCUGUACCACAGUCCAUGAAAAGUUUAAUGAAUAAAACAGGAUCAAAUAACACCUUUCAUUCAUCACGUAGUAGUAUUGCUACUGAUUACAGUCUGAAUGAGAAUGAUGAGUAUGGUUCUCCUGGACGAACUGAUGCAGACCAUGAGGCAGCACUGGAAGAACAAUUAAUGGCAGACAAUGAAGACAUGAUAAUUCCUGAUGACAUGCAACGAUUUCUAAAUGAAUGUUAUAAUCACGGUAUACCUAGUAGUUUUCAGGAAAUGGAAGCAUUGCAGGAAAAUGAAAUCCAUUGUGAGCCUGGUCAGGACUCUAUGAAAUGCUCAAAUCAACAAAUGCCGAUGGCAGAUGGAAGUAAUAUGCAAAUGUCUACAGGUUAUUAUGGAAACCAAAAUGUAAAUAAUCAUGCUAUGUAUAUGAAUAAUUCACAAGGACAGAUGCAAAACAAUACAGUGCAAAAUGGCAGUAUGCAAAUGAAUCCAAUGUGGGAUCAAAGUCAAGGUUACAACAUGCAAAAUAUGUCUCAAGGUCAGAACUCUAUGCAAAAUUCAAUGCCUUCUCAUUCAUCUGGCUCUAUGCCAUCAAACUCAUCCAUGAAUAUGGUGUCGCAAAAUUCAUCAAAUAAUAUGAUGCCACCACCAUCAUCAAAUAUGAUUCCUCAUCCACCAUCAACUAAACCAAUGCAAAAUGGACCAAUGAAUAAUAUGCAAAUGAUGAAUAUGGGAAAUUUGCAAUACAGAACGAAUGGUGGGAACAUGCAAGGGAAUAUGCAGAUGCCACAAAAUGGCAACAGGAAUUUUGGCAAUGGACAGCAGAUGGGAAUAAAUCAAUGGCAGAUGAUGCAGGGCGGUGGCAGUAAUUCUCAAUUUAAUCAGGAGAGAUCACCACAGCCACCUAGCAUGCCUAAAUCACAACAGCGUAUGAACAUGAGACGCAUGGCAAUGUCAGCUGGUAAUCAGAAUAUGAUGCAAAAUCAAAUGGGUAAUUAUCAGAAUAUGAAUAACAUGAAUAUGCAGAUGCAAGGAGGACAAAAUACAAAUAUGCAAAUGCAAGGACUAAAUACAAAUAUGCAAAUGCAAGGAGGACAAAAUACAAAUAUGCAAAUGCAAGGAGGACAAAAUAUGAAUACACAAAUGAAUAGUGGUGGAAAUAUGAAUAAUAUGCAAAUGAAUGGUGGUGUAAAUAUGAAUAAUAUGCAAUUGCCUGGAGGUCAAGUCAUGAAUAAUAUGCAAAUGCAAGGUCAUAUGAAUAAUGAACCUAUUGUGAACCAGAUGCAAUCUGGCUUAAUGUUACCCCCUCAACCCCCUGUUAAUAAACGAGAAUCACAGAGCCCCCAAGUACAAGUACCUCAUAUAAGCACAUCACAGAUUCCUGCAAGGGGAAAAGCAGCGAAUCGUAAUCAGAUGAUGAUGCCACAGCAUAACGAGAUGUUAACCAAUCAGAAGAAUUGUAACAGUAUGAUACGACCCAAUCAAAACUCUUAUAACAAUCAAGAAAUGUAUCAACAAAUGCAAGGAAAUUUCAGCCAACAAAAAAUGACUCAGAAUGUCAAUCAAGGUGGAAACCAUGGUAACAUGAUUUAUCCAACAAAUAUGUACAAUCAAAAUGAUCCAAAUCAGCAGUCAAUGUGGAACCAGCAAAACAUGAAUCAACGAAUGGCUAACAACCAACAACAGUAUUCCAGUAAUCCAAUGGAAAUGUCACCUGGAUGUAACAAGGUGACCAGCUCAACAGACCCUGAAGAUGCAGCUCAACCCAUCGAAGACUUCAUGGAAAACAUUAAUUCUAUAUCAUCAGAGAAUUUGUUAGACAAUAUGAGUUCAGUGUCAGAGCAUACUUGUACAAAUACCUACAUACCUCCUUCAGGAAAUCGUUCCGAGUCUCAAUCUUCACGAUACUCUAUGAUGUCUAAUAAUAUGGUUGUUAAUGAUAUGAGCUCAGUGUUGACUCAGUUAGCUCAGGAAAAUAAGUAUUUGAAUAUGAGACAUUGAUCAUGUGUUUUUUUUUAUAUUCAGAAUUCAUUUGCAGGUUAGGUGAAGUUACUUAUUGUUUUUGUUAGAAAUACACAAUUCAUUUAAUCGUAAAAAAAAAAUCUCGGUUUGGUCAGAAAGAAGAUAUUUAUAUUGAAGAGGAUGUUGUUUCCUGUAAAAGAAAUAAUAGCACUUGAAAAUGUUCUAUGGUGUUAUUUUUAGGCAAAACAACAUUCAAACAUGUAUUUAAUGGAAUGUUGUGUCAGUUUAAAGUCUGAUGUAUACUGAUUGAAUGGAGACAAUAUUUCUUUAUACAUUUUGUAUAAGAGAACCUUAUCGUUGGUAUCCCAAUGAUGAUUUGGAUUUCAUAAUUUGUUAUUGGUUAGUUAUGUUAAUGAUAUAUAGCGGAAAAUAAUCAUCCUAGUUUUUGUUGAGAUAUAAGUGAAUGUUCUCUUUUCUGUUAGUGCUUCCAAUGAACAAGAGCUGACAUUUUGCUCUCUAAUUAUUGUUAAAUACAUGUAUAAAUGGAGUCUGGUGCGUUUUUUUAUCAUGUUAACUGGUGCUGUACAACUAUGCAACUUUGACACCUUGAGUAUAUAUAUAUUUUAAUGAGAAUUAGCUUUUAUCAUAUAUUUUGUACAUAAAAUAAUUAAAGUGCUAUUAUUUUCAAAAUAGAUUUUUACUAGAAACUUUUUACAUACAGAAUUUUUAUCAUAUGUUUUUUAAAUGUAUAUUGUGGCAGUUCAGAAAAAUAAGUUCAGAUACAUUUUUACUAAGGGCUGAAAGUUUUCUGAGGUUUAUUAGACAUAUAGUUUACCAGUUUUUGUUGAUAAUUGAUAUUAUGAAAAAAAAAGAAAUAAUGAAUUUCAUGACAUUGUUUGCACUGAAUUUAUUUAAUUUAGACAAAAAUACCUCUAAAAAAAUGGUGUAUGGAAAUAAUGCUGGCAACAAUAUUGCACCUUUCACUAAUUAUUCCAACUGGUAAAUUGUAAACACUUUAUCCUUAUUUAUUUCUAGCCAUGUAAAACAUAAAAUAAUUCAGCUCUUGACAUAAUGAAUGGUAUAAAUAUCUCCACCAUUACUUGUGUUCCUCAAGGUAGCUCAAUUCUUAUACUUUUCUUUGAAGAAGUAUUUUAAAAGUAACAAGUAAUGCCAGUCUUGUUAUUUUAUACUAAAUAAGAACAAAGCAGAUUCAUUUAAGCAUGAAAUAUAUAUUAGUUUCUGACUUGUUGAUUAGAAGAUUUUCAUUCUAUGUUCAAGUAUCAAUGCUUUAAAAACAUGCUAUAAUACUGGUAUACUUUUAGAUGAAAUUAAUAUAUAAAGUCUAAUGUCUAUCAAGAAUGACUGGAUUUAUUUUUCUGAAUUAGGCAACAGGCUAAAAAAAUAUGAAAAUAUAUACAUUAUGUGAUUAAUACCAUAUCACUUACAUCUAUAGAUAAUAUUCAUUUGUACAGAUAUUUUGUGUAUAUAUGAUUACUGUAGGUAAUAUUGUUGAAACAACACAAGCAUUUUUUUAAAUUGUUUGAAUGUCACAUGACCACUGUAUUUGGUCCUAUUAGUUCAUCAUAUUUCUUGUAAAGUUUAAAAAAAAAUGCAAAAAACUCAAUGUGGUAUGCAUUUGUAUUAGCAUCGGCACAUCUCCUUUUUACAGAGAUUAUUUGGCCCUGUCCUCUCUGUCAUGGCCUAUUGACUUUGAACCUUUUGCUUAGUUUUUGUCAGUUUAGGAGGGGAACCAUUAAUGGUAAUAUUUGGUAUACAGUUGUAUCUGCCUUAUCACAACUCAUAAACAUGGAGAUUAUUUGACUCUGUCCCCUCAGUCAUGGUGUAUUAACUUUGAAUGUUUUGUAUAGUUUUUGUAUAAUUAAAAAUUGUGAUAAGGUCAGUUUAAGAUGAACCACUAAUGGUUAGUCAAGUAUAUUUGAUAUGCAGUUGUAUUAGCAUUUGCACAUCUCAUUUCCGUGGAGAAUAUAUGGCCCUGCCCCUUCAACCAUGGUUAAUUGACUUUGGAACUUGAGGAUAGUUUACAAGUUUAAUGCAAACCACUUAUGAUGAGUUAAUAGUAUUUUGGUAUUCAGUUGUAUUAGCAUUAGCACAUCUCAUAUCCAUGGAGAUUAUAUGGCUCUGCUCACUCAGUCAUGGUCUAUUGACUUUGAAACUUUUGCAUAGUUUACUUGUUAAAAGUUUGUGACUAGUUAGGUCAGUUUGAGAUGAAUCACUAAUGUUAACUCAAUGAUAUUUGGCAUGCAGUUGUAUUAGCCUUAGCAUGUCUCAUUUCCAGAAAGAUUAUUUUGCCAUGCACCCUAAGUCACGGUUCAUUGACUUUGAAUGUUUUGCAUAGUUUACAUGUUAAAGUAUUGCCAUUUUAAUUUCAGUGCUUGUAUUUUACUAUCAAAAUUUCAUACAAGCAAGACAUAUCUCUGUGUCAACAGUUUAUUUAUUAAUAGAAAUAACCCUUUCAGAAAAAUUCAGGAUUUAGAUGUGACUUGUUAGAAUGAACUGGCUACAGAUCACAUGGUGGUCAUGUGACAGUCUAUUUUUGAAUAAUAGAAAAAAACCUGACAGGCCAAGUGAUGUUGACAUUUUUAAUUCAUUUUUUUAAUUCAUUUUUUCAAACAGUAAUUAUUACUUGGAAAACUAGCAUCAGACUGCAUAUCGAUCUUGGUGCUAAUUUUAGCUAGAUGUUUGAGAUCAUAAAAAGUCAUUUGAGCUUAUCAUGCACAAGGUAAAUAUCACAUCAAAAUAUGUUAAAGCAGUAUUUCAGUUUGUUGUUUUCUGGUAGUUCUAUACGAUUACUUGUAUAAGUUUGUCCUUAUUCAGUAUGUUUGCUCAAAUUCUGAUCUGUUGCUUUCCAUAGUAGUAUACAACUACAGAACAUGCUUCUCACUACAGAACCAAAACAGGCUAUGAAUAGAUGAAAAUCAUCGCAUUCCUUUCAUCUUAAUACUUAUAUUACCAGUAGUUAAUAAUCUGUUUAAUACUGACAACUUGUGACUUUAAAUAAAUUUCAUGGAUAAGACACUAUGAACUCCAUGGAUAAGACAUUAUGAACUCAUUUUUUUAACAUAUGAGUAGAAAAUUUUGCAGUUGCAGAAUUUCCAACAUGAAAUUGUUAUCACACAUUGACUUAUUUUAAAACAGUAUAAGAUUAAUGAAAAGUUAGUUAUUUUUCAUACCUGUACAUUUUAAAAAAUUUUAUUGAGUUUUUUAAUGCAAUCUUUUAGGAACUCUCUUAAUGUUAAUAGUUGUUGUAUCAAGAAUCUCAAAUAUUUAAAAAGGAUACUCAUAAUGUUUUUUUGAGGCUAAAUAUUAAAAAAAAACAAUUUGUGAUACUCAUUGUAUAACACUUUACAUACCCAGAAAUGCAAAAUACUCUUUAUUUUUAUAUCUUGCAUAUAAUACAUUUAUUUUGUUCACCGAUACUCAUUUUUAGAGGUGUGUUCAAAGAGUGCCAUACUUAGUUCAAAAGUACUAACUUAAUUAUUAAUUUUAUGUGUAGCUCUUUAGACUUUUCUUUGAUAGAUCAUUGACUUAUGUAGAUAAAUGAUGAUUUAUAGGAUCCUGUUUAUAUUGGACAAUGUUCCACACCUGAGUUGUAACUGUUGUUCUGUUAUUGGUUUAUGUUACCAGGUGAGAAAUGCAGAAAAAGUUUAGUAUACAGAUUUUUGUAAAAGUACUUAAAACGUCAAGAGGACUACUCUGUGUUUUGAAAGAUUGUUAACUUGUGCCAAUUAUGUUUCCUAUGGAAACACCACAGUUCUCUAUACUGAAUUGAUUUAAAGAGGAUUAGUCUUGAGUCUGUAUAAAUUAGGAUUUCUUUUUAUUUCACAUGAAUAAGCAUAAUCUUGUCCCUUUCAAUCUUAAUUUCAACUUUCUUUUUAAAAUUUCAAUCAAAUUGAAUCGAUUUUUUUUUUUAUUGUGCCAUAUUGCAUUUUGCUUGUACAUUCAAGGGUAAACAUUAUAGCAGUAGAUGUCUAUCCACAUCUUGUGUUAUAAGUGCAAGAAUAUUUCAGAUUAUAAAAACAUGUCUUUUUUGUCAUUUUGAAGAAUUUUCAGGUAAAUAUACUUUUAGUCUUGGAAAUCAUUUCAAAAAAAAUCCUACGAAAAAAAAAGAAACACUUUUGAGUUAUGCUGAAAUGAUCAUGACUUACAAGUAUUUUUUUCAUGUGAGAUUUUUUGUAAAAUGAGUUGCUGGGGUUUUUUUUAGACACUUAUCUACUGUUGAACUAUAUAUUAACCUUUAACUGUAUUUUACUGUCUUUUAGUAUUGUUGGGUAUUCUUCUUUUUCUGCAGACCAGCAUUUUCAAACCAGCUUUAUGAUUAAUGCAAGUUAGAUAAAUGUUGCUUCAGUAAUUCAACUGAAAAGAAAUGUUUCAUUUGGAAGAGGUAAAUACCAGUACAUAUUUUUUUUUUGCAACAGAAAACUGUAAAGAUUUAAAUUCUAUAGGGAGCUAGAUCAUUUUUAUAAGAAUUACCAUGGGGAACUAGCAAGUAAAUUUUGGCUUAAGCCACCUGCAUCAAGCUAUUUCACCUGAACAAUAUAUGAUUUGAAAAUUAGUUUUUGAAAAUUGAUGAUUGAUAUGACCUGUAAAUAUUGAAAAGGUUAAGAGUGUUUUUACUGUAGACCUUUUAUGAGAAAGAUAUCCAAAGGACAUGUACAGUAUGGUUGUAUGAUUUACAUAUCAAUGUUUACAAAUUUUAUAUAUAUCCACUUUGUUAACAGUUCAUGAAUAUUUUCCAAUAUUAUUUUACAAAAAAUUAUAUUGAAAGGCGAUUGUUUUGUUCAUAUAAAAGGAGCUAUGCAAUUUUAAUUUUGAUUUGCAGCAUUUAAGAUCUCUGUCAUUUGAAUAUUUUUAUAUCACAUUUUCAUGUAAUAACAGAAAUGCAUUAGUAAGAUUGUGCUAUAGACAAUAUGGUUGUUACAGUAAAUCAUUAUUACAUAAAA